CUCUUGCCGUAUGACAGUUCUAGCCCCUGCAACUAUGCAGUAACAGAUAAACACAGCCUCUCUUUUUCCUGACUUAAAAAACCUUUCCCUCCGGACAAAUAUCGCGCUUCAUUCAUAUUCAAUUUCUUCUCUCGUCGAUAUCUAUCUUCAAAGAACUCAUCAUGUCGGACUCUUAUCUUUACCAGCACAAUGCGGGGAACAACCCUCAUCAGUACGGCGAACAGAGCUACUACUCACCUCCACCGCAGCAGGGAAAUUAUCCACCUGCGCAAUCCUACGCCCCGCAGCAGAGCUACCCCGGUGGAUUCUUGGGAGCGACCGGGGGUGCGUUGGCUGGUGCUGCCGGAAUGGGCUUGGUCAGCAAGCUAAGCAUGACAAGAAGAAGAGUGACAAGAAAUCCGAGAAGAAGUCCGAGAAGAAGUCUGAGAAAAAGUUUGGGAAGAAAGAAAUGAAUCGCAUUCAGGUUAAUCAUGGCUACGUUCGAAUAGUGUCUCAAGCCAUUCGUUUUCGUACGAUGUAU